AUGGCGACACCAACUCCCCAGCAGGCCACCCAAAACCUGCUGGCCAGAGCACAUUCCCCAGACAGCGUCAACCGCAUCUAUAACGAGAAGAUCCAACACCGCACACUACACCUUCGGCCAUCGUCACCCCCGCCAGCCGCUGCCAAUGCUAGAGCGGCACGAAGAAAAGCUCGUGAUCAAAAGAAAUCAAGGGCCAAGAUUCGUCCAAAGCCUCUUUCGUCCCGAGACCGGCGGAGGCUAGGGCUCUACGACAUUCCCAAAGACGGUCAGAAGUAUAGCAUCUACAAGCCCCUCUGCGAAUUGUGGCAGGGAUAUGCGAGAGAAAUUUUGGGAAACGACAUCUUCCGUGGUGGCCCUGAAGCAGCCGCCAAACUAGCCAGUGCCGAACUACAUGGUGCAUUUACAGAGGUUGUCAGAAGCCGAUGUACAGGACGAGUCGGCAUCAAAGGCAUUAUUGUCCGCGAUCGCAAAUUCGUCAUGGAAAUAAUUACUGAGAAGAAGGGACUGAAAAUUGUUCCCAAAGAGGGAACAACUUUUCGCGUGGAAGUCAAACCAGAAACAACCCAACUGGCAGCCGACUCGAAACCCUUUGUUUUUGAGAUUCUUGGAGAUCAACUUAUGCUUCGCUCUGCCGAUCGAGCCAAUCGGAAAUUCAAACAACACUUCCUUCCCAAUCUUUGA